AUGCUAUCUCUCGCGUUGUCCUCCCGGCUGUAUCAAGGCGAGACUUCUACAGCGGCGGGAGGCCGAUUGCUCGGCCCGGCGUUGGGGUGUCGGAAAAAGAAAGUCACCUUAUUGCCAGGCAACAGUAUUGCACUUGUGCGUGAAUUGGGCAAGAGAAUAAGACCACGCAACCAUCCCAGACCAGCAGCAGGCACAAUGCUUCUCCUGGCAACCCCAAACGCCAGCAGUCAAAUAUCACUGGAGAGAGAGAGAGAGAGAGAGGCCGUGGCUUUGCCUGCCUUUGAACACAUCACAGCCCAGAUACCGGUCAGGCUCCCGAUCAGCUCGCCAGGGUCUAGGCAACAGGCCAAUUCUGAUCGUGCUCCGAGGAAAGAAGCUCAGAGACUGGCAAUUUUUUCACCUCUCGCCUCGGUGAUAUCGGUCAGUUGUUUCGGGGUUGGACAUUUUGAAAAGACCAUACAGAAAGCUGGAUAUAGGCAAGAAACUCUGUUCAUAUUGGCUUAA